AAUAAACAAAAUGGCCGACUGGCUCAGUCGGCUCGGUCUGCACAGUCGGACGGGCUUUACACAGAUUUGUAUGGCACAUGGCAUAGUGUCAUGGGGGAGUAAGGAUAAUGAUGAGGCAGGAGAGCUUGAACUUUGGUAUCGUGAGGGGGAUAACAAUUACUGCCUUUAUGCCAACAAUACAACGGGAUAUGAAAUGGUAUGUAAAGUUAUUGAUGUUUUUUAUCUGCACUUCCAUAAGUGCACUGACAAAAUCAAAACGUUAUUAACGAAGAAGUCGAAAUUUCAUUUUGUCCAAUACUGAAAACAAAUAGUACCAUGUGAGAGUACCGAUAAAGGGGUUUCGUCCAGGGGCUCAAGAGUAAGAACUAAAUGUUGUGGUUCCAUAAUUGACUCUGGGAGUGAUAGGGUUUUAACUAUGUACAAUUUAACAAUUAUUUAUAUUAAACCCUUUUUAUUUAAAAAAUUAGCUUAUUUAUGUGUUUAUGCAGUCACCUAAAUGUAUCUGUUGUAAUUUUUCUACCUCAUGUAAUUUUUUUGUUUUUCUUUUGUUUUUGGGUAUGGUAAUGUAUGCUAAUGAAGUUGAAACAAAAGAAAAAUAAAAAUUACCUGAGAUAAAAACUUAACUACAGCAUAUCCAUUUAUUAUUUUAUAUGCUUUGUUCUUCAUUAAACAUUUAAAUACAGUAAACACCCACCAAUAAGAACCUGUGGAUUAAGAACCAUCUGGCAGAAAUUUGCCACUUUAAUACCCAUGCAAAAAUACAAGAACCUGUUUAGCCUAGCCCAUGUUGCAGCCAGCGCACACACUCGUCUUAUCCAUUUGUAUAGUCCAUUUGCGAACAAGUGCAUAAAAGUUCAUUCUAACAUCCUGCAGAGUCGCAAAGACGUAUGUGAGUGUUUGUGAUGGGUAGGUUUCUUCUGGGUUAAUGUUAAUGUUAUGCGCCUCAUGAUUGGUCUAAUUCUUCACGUGCGCAUGCCAAUAUUAAAAGGCUCAGUGACAUGUCAAAAUUCACAGAAGGGAGUUGGCAGUGAUCGUUUACAGUUUACAGCAAAUAAUAAAAGAGCAGUGCAAACUUUAAAGCCUUCUUCUGCACAAAAAAAUACUUUGAGAGAAUUCCUUGUGAUUUUUUUAUAAGAAUUUGCUUGUAUAAAUUUGCCCACUGGUUUUCCAGCAUCUUCCAAUCACUGCAGAUGCACUGUCGCGUAUUCUACAAUCUAGCCGACAGUUCUAGGCUUCUAGCGUCCAAAAAAAAAAAAUUCAGGAAAUCAUUAUCUUCACAGCCAAAAAUAAAACCUACUACAUGUGGCUAUCCAGGUCCAGGCGUUUUAGAGAAACCAAAGAAACUAAGGUUAUUUAGCCACAACAAAAAAGCGUAAGGCUUAAACUAUGGUGGCCCACAGCUAGGGUACAUGCUGCAAAUAAAAAAGUUGCUGCAAAUUAAAUAAAAUUGCUGCAAAUAAAAUAAAGUUGCUGCAAAUAAAAUAAAGUUGCAGCAAAUAAAAUAAAGUUGCUGCAAGUUAAAUAAAGUUGCUGGAAAUGAAAAAUAAUUGCAGCAAAUAAUAAAAAUAGUUGCUGCAAAUUAUGGGAAGAGUAGGACUCAGUAUAGUUGUAAGGAAGUUAAAGACAGACCUGCAAGUACUCCCAAUGUGGUUUUUGUGGUUGUGUUGAAUUAUUAACUGCCUUCAAGUUACAUUUUUGCACUCAAGCGUGUCUUUUGUAAGGUAUGAUUGGAGGUCUUAAACUGUUUUCAGCACUGCAGAGGCUGAUUUCUUAUUAGGCCUGUAGACUCCAGUUUGCCAUCAACGUCUUUUUAAGGUCUUGUACUGUUGGGUUAUAUGUUGUAAUGAAAGGCAAUAGUCUCUCUUUAUUUUUUUUGUUUUUGUUUUAGCCCCUAUCAGUGUCUCAAGUCAAGGUUGACCCCUGACAAUGACCUUUCUAUAUCCGGUUUAGGAUUUUGUUUGCUUUGAGUUCACAAGGCACUCUUCAAAUGUUUUUUUUGAGGAGUUUUUUCUAAUCAAUCUUAUUUCUUUGCCUUUAAUGAAACUUCUUUUUACCCUCGUAGCUGGAACGAGAUAAAGUGUACAUAUUGAAAGGUUUUAGGCGGCUUAUAGUGGGAUUUAAUGUCCAAUGAAAAUGGAUUUCUCUGUGAGAUGUUCUCCUUUGAAAACUAUUGUAUCAAGAAAAGUUAUCUCGUCAUUUCAUAUUUCGGCCGUGGACUUCAUUUUUGGGAUGGGAUUUGUUAGUUUCUUUAAGAAAAAGUUGGGUCUUUUCUGUUACAGUCCCAAAGAAAGGAAACGUCACCAAUGAAACAUUUCCAUUGGUAUUAUUUCUAUGUUGGAUUAGGUUUGUUUCAGUCUCCGCCUUGUGGAUAUUUGCAAAGGACACCGCUGUUUUUAUGCCUAAUGCAACUCCAUGGGUUUGAUGGUAAUUGUUUCCAUUGAACUCAAAUAAGGUUCCUGUCACUGAGGAUUAGGCCAAGCAUUUUGUGAGUGGGCCCUGGAUACAACUAUACUGAGUCCUCCUCUUCCCAUCAGUGUGUGCGCAUAAUUUCCUGUCACUUAAUUUGCAGCAACUGCUUUUAUUUGCCUCAGAUAUUUUUUUGUUUGCUGCAAUUAUUAUUUUUUUAUUUGCAGCAACUACUUUUUGUUUGCAGCAACUUCAUUGGUUUUGCAGCAACUUUUUAUUUGCAGCAUGUCCCUUGUGGGCCACCGUAUUAAAUAGAGCUAAAAGAAAAUCAUUUCGUGGUAAACUGCAUAAACUGUGAUCAAAUCCUGUCAGAAAACAUCUGCAGAAACAUAAACCGUAGGAACUAAUUGCUCAAUAUGCAUGGAACAGACCAGCAACCUAAACCUCUAAAAUUAAUGUGACACUCAAAGUGGUAAAAUAAAAUUUGCUCAGUGUAGAAUACUCCAUGAACUGCAUAAACUACGCAAAAAGAGAGCAAGAGAAACCACUGUUGUUCAAGCUGACUCUUCGGUCACGUUGACUGCACUAUCAAAAGCUCAAUCUCCCUUCUCACAAGCUAUAUAUUAUAUAAAUUAGUUGUGUUUGGCCUGUCAAUGCUUAAUUCAAAUCAGACUAAUCACAUUAAACUGUGUAACAAACAAGCCAAUCAAAAAUGCUCACAUAUGUCCUUGCAACUGCGGGAUUCAAACAUAAUAUUGUGAAGCAAGUUAAGCCUAAGAAGAUCAUCAUUGCAAGUUACAUGUAAGCUUAAAUUAUGAUGAACAAUUUAACAAAGGGAGGUAACUAUCAGUGGUAAAAAGGGGGGGGGGGGGUACCUAUGAGUUAUUUUUUAAGUAUAUAUUCAUAAGUCUCGCUUGCUCAAGAAAUGAAGAGGCAAUUACAUCUACAUGAAGCAGGAUUUCCUCGUGAUAAGUUUUUGACUUCCUACUUUAUCUACAGUCAAGUAUUCUUCAAGAUAAUUAUUUUAUUUUAUGUAUGGUAUUUGACAAUUUGUUUCUGAAUUGAUUGUAUACAUGUGCAUAAAUACACGAAAAUUAAGGGCCUAGAUUCGAGUAUGAGAGAAAUUACACCAUUGCCAGAGAGCAAAAAAAGUGAUGAACAUGGCAUGUCAUUUCGGUCAUCGCUGAAAAUGAAACAAUGAAAGUUUACAACGCCCGACCAGUUAGCCUCACCAUCUGCCCCAUUGAUCGAAGUUUUGCUCAUUAAGAUUCUUCUUUUACUCGACCACUUGUUCCAAAGUAAUCACCACUUUUAAGCCAUAGAAUUCGUGGACCAACCUAUUCCGGAAAAGCUCUAAAUCUUUUGUAUUAACUUUUCCUAAGCUUUCUUCACAAAACAUUCGUGGCGAGCUCCUGAGUCAUGCCGCAAUUCAUUAUAUCCCAAGUUUCCAUGGUCACCACUAUGUUCAACCCUGCAGGGACCAUGUCUUCUCUUUUGUGGACUAAAUACGAGGAACAAAACAUGGCUUACAGAUUCUGAAUCUGCAAUUGAGACUAACAAGAAAUUUGGUCAUCAGUUUUGUUAGGAUUAUAUGACAUAAUACAAUUAUUAUGAAUAACUUUAAAAAGUUUAAAAUUUAUUUUUGUGAUUUUAAAUCAACAAUCUAUCUCCUUCAUACGUAAAAACUAAGAAGUCGCGAUUCGACCUAAUUAAGAACCUACAUAGCCUAAAUUGCCAUUAAGUACCUCAAAAUACAAGAACCUAUUUUGCCAGACUUCAAAAAAAGUAGGUUAAUUCUUAUUUGCUGGUGUUACUGUACCUCAUUUACCAGUUUUAUGUAAAUGAUUGGCCACCAUGGUUACGCUUUAUGCACCACAACAAUAGGUUCAUGAGGAAUUGAAGUGAGUGAGUUCACUUGAUAUGUAAGAACUUUUAAAUGAAUAAACCAGUGCUUUGUUUACAUUUGAUCAUUACCAAUUCACUGAGGUUAUAAUGUUUAGUGUCAUGUUUAGAGUCAGCAGAAAAUACAUGUACAUUUAACAACAAUAUUAAAACUGUUUAAAAAGUUUAAAGAAAAACUUGCAGUGACUCCAGUAGCUAUUACAUGUAUACCUGCAUAGGUUCAUGAGAAGAUUGAAACUGUUACCCUCCACACCAGUAUGAGGUUUAUACUUCCCCCCACGGAGGGCAUCAGAAAUUCCAGUGGGAAGGGGGUCCAAGAGGAGGCAAUUUCCAAGGGAGUGGGGUCAGAUUCUCAAGGUCUUUUUUCCAGGGACUUUGAAUGAAACAAGAGUUAUUGUUUUUAUUGAUGAUCUUACAUAAUUAACAGUUAUAGCUGAAUGCUUUUUUCACAGCUUACCUGUAUGAUAUAGUCUACAUAUAUCUAAUAUGAAUGUCAUAUUGGCUCAUGAAUAAUGCUGGUCAUCCAGCUCAUUGCUUUAUAUUUCACAAUAUAAUUGUGGUAUUCACUGUGUUAUGGUCAUGUUCUAUUAGCCUUCUUUUAACUUGUUCUUAACUGUUUACUGGUUCUUUCAUAGAUGCUCUCAUAGUACACUGCAAUGGGCAAAACUGUUCUGGAUUGAUGUUCCAUUAUACAAAAAUAUAACAAGCCAAGGAACCUCAAUUAUAUUUUUCUCUUUUGAAGUUUACCAAAUUCCACACAUUGGAAAAUUUGAUUGUUCAAGGAGGACUUGCAUUACAGCGUAUCCAAACACAGUAACGAAAUCACAAAGGGAUUCAAAAAUCACAUUGUUUCUAAGAAAAAAAAAAAACGAAUCAAAAAAUGACGGGUUGUUGUGUUAAGAAUAUUGUGACGUUUUUGUGGAUGUUUCAAAAAGCAUUCAACGGGAAAACACAAGGAAAACUUAAGGACAGUCUACAACUUAUUUGACCACUCAAAUAUAGCACUUUCUUCAGACUUUCAUCAUCUUAAAAGUCUUCUUGCCACCAGAUCGGUCUUCCAUCUGUUUUGAAGAUGGCAGCCUGUUGCUCACGCUCCGUUCCAUGCCAGCAGCCACGAAAUGCUGCUGUGUGUUAAAGCAUAGUUGGCCAAGAACUUCUGGCACUGCUAUGUGGGCCUCUCUAAUAGUUGCUGGACCAUAUUUCUUGGCUUUUCUCUCAGGGGCUUGCCAUUUAGUCUCACUUUGUGUUGCACAACAUGCAGCUUGAUUCAAACAACUCUGUGGAUUUGCCUCGUGGCCCUGCAGUGGUAGCAUAUGUAUGUAUCGCAGCUUGAAUCUUUGACUCUCUUAACUGCUGAUGUAUAAAACAAAGGAUUAUACUGCUGCAUGUCAAUGGUUUGAUCCAAGUUGUCUUUGCUGCAAGAUUUAUUUGGACACAACAUUCUAACAUGACAAGACUUCUUUUUCACCAAAAAACAUGUGAUUUGUUUUUCUUAAAAAUUAUUUGAUUUUGUUUACCUUGGUGAUUUUGUUACCAAGUACUGUUUUGAUAUGCUGUAACACAAUUCCUCCUUGUGUAAUAUUAUUCCAUGUGUGGAAUUAAAUGUUGUUUAAAGGACAAAUAUAUCAUUAAGGGUCAUUAUGGCUUGUGAUUUUUUGUAUAAUAAAACGUCAAUCCAGAACAGUUUUGUCCACUUUACUGUGUCUGGUAAGGUAUUGCCUCCUUGGUUGUCAGUGACAUACACCUGAACUCACUGUUAAUAAUUAACAAAGAAAGGCCUUUAUGUGCAAGGUAAAGCUGAGAACAUUAGACAUUGUUUUAAGAUGAAUAAAAAGAUUUUUCCUCUCUUUAUCACAGAAAACAUACAAUUAUCUUCUGCAUAAAAGUAUAGUGCAACAGCAUGUUUGAUAAAAAUAUUCUUUUCGGGGGUGUCCCAACCAAGUUAGAUAACAGAAAAUUCUGUGGCAUGGGGUGUAUGACAACCACCCCUUGGAACGGAAAUUAUAGGGGUGUGGGUGGUCUAAAGUAAAAGUGCCCUCCAUAGGGGGGGGGGGGUAUUAUGGAUGUUUUCUGGAACUACACAUUACAGUUAACUCAUAUUAUCACAGUCAACUGUAAGUUGUGAGUCAGGCAACAAAUAACCCAUGUUUUUAAUGUGUUUUGGGGGUAAAAGUAGUAUAUAAUAUGUAGUAUUAAGAAGUCCUCGCAUUUUUAAAACUUUUUUUGCAAUGUUAUUUCAACUCAGUUGCUUUAAAUAUCAGAAAGUAGUUUAAGUUUCUUGAAAUUGAUUUCUUGGAAUCAAACCCAUUACAGUGACUGUCAAACCUCUCUAAUACGGACACUGAAGGGACAGAGUGAAGUGUCCGAAUUAGAGAGGUGUCCAUAUAAAAAAGGUCACUACGAUGACAUCAGUUUUGUGACUCUACUUACAGUUUUAAGUGUUCAGUAGCUAAAACCUGGCUUACACUCGUCUUUAAACUGCAUUUAAGUUUAUUAAUUCACAGUACAAAGACACUGUCUUUGAGUAGCAUACAAAAUUGUACAUAUCAGCUACAUACAUACAGUCGUAGAUAAAUCACAGUUUUAACACAAAAUGAGCUACAGCGCAAUGCUGCAUGUAAAAAGUUGUAACGUAAAGCACAAUUCUGAAAGUGCCUUUCACUGUUUUGCAAAUGCAGUAAACAGUAACUAGAGUACAAAAUGUACAUAAUAGAAAAGAUCUUCAUGGUAUCUGUAGCCUUCAAAAAGUCGAUUAUGUCCUCCGCACACCUUUUGCAAUAUGUUUGGUAUACAGUCACUGGGCUUUUGAAGUCACCUUGCAUAGCUUCUCAGCCAGACCAGACGGGAUUUACCCUGUGCAAAUUCACCUGAUCGGGAUUUAUGAUUCAGCUGAUCACUACAGCGUCCAUCAGUAAAGAGGUUAAGUUUAUAUGAAUUUACUCUCUGGGGCCGAGAUUUAGUGUCCGUUGUCCGUAUUAGAUAGAGUCCGUAUUAUAGAGGUUUUGUUUAAAGAAAAUAUAUAAGAAUUUUGUCGAGACAUUGGAAACUGUCCGUAAUGUAGGUGUCCGUAUUGAGAGGUGUCCGUUUUGAGAGGUUCGACUGUAGUUUAGUAGGAAAAAGAGAAAUCCAUUUGUGGUGUGUUUACGUCCUCCAUGAAAUGUCUGCUGACAGAGGUAAUUUUAUGCGGCUUUUAUGCAGUGAUGUCAAAAAAAUGUACAAAAAAGUGUGCUGUAUGUGCAGACUUCUUGUUUUGCCUAGGGGUAGUAUAAAUGCAUAAAAUAAUGCUUUUUUGAUGUCUUUGUUGCUGUUGCAGUUGUUCUUGCUACAGCUCUCUAUUUUGAUCUGAAGGGGCACAGUGUCAUGACAAAUGGAAAGUCCAAAAUGUACAAAGUUGUGUAUAUAUAGUGAAACUACUGGUUAUUACGAAAAAUGUUCCUGUUUUGUUGAGAGGUGCUUUUUACAGACACAGUGUAAGUGCAAUGAAACUUUCAUCAUUGAAUGAAUUAAGACAUGAAAAAUCAUGAAUAUUUUGUUAUUUGAAAACUCAGUGAGGCCUAUUUUAUUAUUUUCAGCUUGAAUCAUUAUUGCAUCUUGAACAUAUUGCGGAAAGUAUUUUGUUCUUUUCUUUUUUUGCCAUUUAAAUUGAGUCAGGAAUCUGCAUUUAGGAGGGUACACAGCGUACACAAUCCAUCCAUAAAAGUCUAUUCUUGUCAAUUAAAUAGAUCAAUUAAUAGAUAAUAAUAGUAACAAAUUUUAAUAGAUCAAUUAAAAAUGGUAUAAAGAUUUACAACAAGUUUAGAAAGUUAUGAUAGAAAGAAUUGUAGAUGAUGUUUCAAAAGCUGAGUAUAACGUAGCAGACACAUGCAUUAAAACAUUCAAGUUUGUUUAAUAGAUGUUUUUAAAUAAUUGGUGUGACUUAACCUUAUGGAUGAUGUUUAUACAAGAUGUUUCAAAAGCUGAGUAGCAGACACAUUUAACAUUCAAGUUUGUUUUAUAGAUGUUUUUAAAUAAUUGUUGUGACUUAACCUUAUGGAUUAUGCAAUGAGUUUAAUUUUCACCUCACCCUGAUUCAGGCACCUAUCAGCUUGUUCUCAGUAACAACUUAGGAGCUGUGACAUUAAGCAACAGUAAGGGUGGAUUUAGGGGUGGGCCAAAGGGGGCCUUUCUUCCUUGAAAUUAUUUAGUUUUAUUUUUAUCUGAAUACUCAGAACAAUAAAACGUUUCUAUAUAGCUGGCAAGUGGACAACAAGUGAUGAUGGUGUUUUCAUCCUUUUUUCUAAUAAUUUAUUUCUUGCUCCUCCGCUUCGUUGAAUUACCUAAGUAUGUUGUUUUUCCAGAUCUAAAUCUGCCAAAGGCUGGUCCACAGGAUGUAAGAUGUUUCGAUUGUUUUUCUUCCUGUGGUGCUGAUACUGUGUAAGCUUUCCUUGGGUUUCUGAGGUUGAAAUUGAAAUAGCAGUUACAUUAAAAACAAACUGCAUGUAUGUACUGCUAGUUCAAAAGUAGUUUAAGAAACUUUCUCUUCUUGGCUUGCUAUUAUCUCUUUCUAAGCCACUGUAUGACUUAUACAGUACCAGUAUGAAAAUUAACUCUUUUAGUUAUUGGGAUCUGAAAUAAUAAUAUUAUUUUAUAUUGAGGUCCCCAAAGUCAGCAGCCUAUGUUAUAUUUUUGCUAUAUCAUUCAUGGGUAUUUAAUUUUGGUUUUGGUUCAUAACAUUCUCACAGUCCCCUUGUCCUGUUUGUUCGGUGAAGUUAAGCUGUGUCAGGCAGGAUUAGUACUGGGUUGGGUGAGACCUUUUGGGACAUAACAUGUAAUAUAAUAUAUUUUGACUUUAAGUUUAUUUUUCAAAAGAAAGCAGUUUAUUGUUUAAACAUACUUACAGAGCAUGUUGUUUCAUGUACAGGUUUUAGAGUCAGAAGAAAUUGCAAAGGACUUUCUUUGAUCAUAUUAGUGCGUUUAUUGUAAGUAGCUAGGAGAUGUGGUGAACUAGAGCUGACAGAUAAUGCUGCUUUUUAUAUCAUCUGGCUUGUUUAUAGCCUGCAGUGCAGACGGCCCACGUAAUGUGUACAGUAUAGAUAUAGUUGGUUUAAAGACGGUUUAAAGUGUCUACGGCGCAGGAUAGCUUGUUUACAGUACAGCUGUAGUACAGUAUUGUUGUAAAGUGCAAUGAACUCAACCAAAGUGCUGCACCCAAUAACAAUCAGCCAAUCACAAGUCAUGUUCACAAGGACAGUUAGUUGCCUGUCAAAAACAAGAUAUCUCUUUAAAUCUCAAAGUGCCACCACCCAAGUGUGUUCACUGCACUGAUAUUAAUUCAACUUAAGAAAAUUUUGUAGGUUUUAAUAAAUUGUAUUUUAAACUUGGGAAAGGAAUCAAGAUUUUGUUGAACCAUUAACCCAUGCAGUAUAUAUAUAUGCUAACAACCUCAUCCAUGUUGGUUUAUUUGAGCAAACAGUACAAUUGAUCAUCCUCUUUUGGGACACCUCCAUUCAGGGGAAACAAAAUUUGGUCCCGGAAAAUGUGCGCAUAAUCUUUGUAUUUAUUAGGUAACCUCAAUUAAAGGGACGAGUGACCUCUAUUCAGAGGAAAGGGACACUUUUUCUGGGUCCGGAUAUCUUUAAGAGCACACUAAUCAAAAAUGGAAGCUUUCCCAAACUGAACUGUCUCACAUAAAUCAAUGAAAUGCACUUGUGUGAAUUCAACAUAUAAUUAUAGCAAUGACACCAAUAAGUUUAUUCAGUAUUACCAUUUCUGUAUAGGUGUUACCGAUUAAAAAAAAUUAAAUUAAAAAAGAAAAUGAAAAUAAAAUAGUACGGAGUUUAAGAUACCACGACGGUGAUGGCCACAAAAACGUCGCUUAAAAAGUGAAUUUCCAGUCUCUAUCGCGAUUACUCCAACCAUUUACUUUGUCAAAUGUAAGCGUAGUCUUUGUCAGCCAAAUUCCUAAGAAUCAUAUCCAAGUUCAGGAACGGGGGCGUAGCUAAGAUUUUUCAAGGAGGGAGGGGGGGGGGCUGGGCUAACACUAUCACUAUGUCAAACCCAGGUUACUUACCAGAUUGGCAUGUCGACAUCCAGGCCGUGUUUUACUAAACGACAAGCCUACAAACUAGCUGCAUAGGUUAAUUACGUUCCACAUAAAUUGCUCUAUUUUGGUUAUGAAAAGGAACAUGGUCAACUGUAAAUGGAGUAAUUAACAAUCUAGCACUGGAAAAGAUUUAUUGCAGGUUGAUUCUUCAGAUUCGUGCGUUUUGGCCACCUGAAUUAUAGGGACAAAAAACAAUUAUCUCACAAAGGGGGGGGGGGGGGGCGCACCCCAGAACCACCCCAAGCUACACCCCUGAUGAGGAAAAAGAAAAUUUCGCCAUCGCUUGUUUACGUCCUCCAUAAAACGUGAAAUUUGGCAUUUUCCUGUCCUGGUCGUGCAGUGAUGGCUAAAAAAAUGUACAAAAACGUGCAGAGUUGUUGCUUUGCCUAGAUUCAUUUCAACCUAUUGCCUUUUUGACGUUCUCUUUGUCAUCACCGUGGCAUCUUAAAGUCCGUAAUGAUGAUUCUUUUAUGCUGUCUUUGUUGGUUAAUUAUUAACAAACCCCGGCCCAACCUCUAAUCAGGGGGAACCUCUAUUCAAGGGACACUUGCUUUGGUCCUGAGGGUGUCCCCUGAGUAGAGGUUUCAUUGUAUUUGUUUCAUCUGUUGGUUCAAGUUUAAUUUUUUCAUUUCAAAGCUCACUUAAUAACUUUCUGUGCUUUGCACUGGUGAGCCUGUCGACUUUCUUGAUCGGUAUUAUUAUGAUAAUCUUUGAUAACUAAGACUUUUUUUAUAUACUCCAUUUCUUGUACACUGUACAAGUUAAAAUUCACACCAAAUAGUAUUGCAUGAAACCUGAAAUGAUGCGACAAUGGCCGCUAUUGUCAAGUAAAAUUUACCCUACGUUAUAAAGUUAUUCUUCAGGUAUUAUUAAGUCAGUCCGAUAAUGAGUUUUUUGUGUGUCUUGUAUAAAAAUAGUUAUCAUCUUAAUAUAUUUUUUACCUCUUAUUACCCUUCUUUGUUCAAAUUAAUAAUAACCUAAUAAUAAUCUUUAUUGAGAUUACUUUUUCAUAUAAAAUAUGGUUUUCAAAAAGGAUCUCAUAAAAUUUAAAAAAAAAUACAAAAUACUCCUAAUUCGCAAAGACAUUAAAAAGCUAAAAUAUGUAAAAACUAUUAAAAAGUACAAGAUAUUAACUCAAGUUCAUUUAAACUAUAAUCUUUCAUCUAAUGUCGGGGAGAGAAGAUGUUGCCUGGCUUGCUCAUGGUAGGGAAUUAAGGAAGAUGUGGUGUGGCCCUCUUCCUAAAGGUCUGGGGACGAGCCACGGACCACAUGAUCUAGUGUAUACUGGGCAACCUCAUAGGGAUUAGCUGAGAAUAAAGCAAUGAACAAACAAAGUAACAAUGGAACCUAGCCUGAAACAAAAGAGCUGCGACAUAUAGGAAUCCAAACAAAUUAGAGGUUCUAAAGAGCUGCAAGGCUAUGGUUUUGACAAAUGAUUUUGAGCUAAACAUAUUGCACAAAUUUUGCUGUAGCUGAUGGUGUCUUGGUUAAAUUAGCCUGCGAAACGCAUAUAUAUGUCCGGUUUUUUGGAGGGAGCGAAGCGACGACCGGAAAUACGUCUGCGUUUCGCAGGCUAUGGUUAAAUGGGGUGUGAACAUGAUAUGGUUGUUUUCAGAUGUUAUUUUAUGGUACCCGAAACACCCGCUGAUAAGAAGGUCUUUUUUGAAGUAGGUUCUUGUUCUUGGGACACUUAUUGGCAAUUUAGGCUAGGUAGGUUCUUAAUUAGGUUCUUACAAGUAAUUAUUUUGAAGGACAUAAUAGAUUGUUGAUAAUAACAAAAAUUAAUAAAUUUUCUGUUUAUUCACAAUUAUGAUAACCCUAACAACACUUAUUACCGAAUAUCAUACAGUUUAGUACAGUAUGCUUUUGUUGUACUUAAAUUUACAACUCAAAGUUACAUUCCUUUGUUAAAUUGUUUAUAAUUUAAGUGUUAAAAUUUAAUUAAUCGCAUAUUUAAGAACCUGCUUGGUUUAGCUUGCCUAAACAGGUUCUUGUAUUCUUAGGUAUUAAAGUGUAGAUUUCUGCCAGGAGGUUCUUAACCACAGGUUCUUAUUAGCGGGUGUUUACUGUAACUGCCUCUAUAGUCAAACCAGUCAAACCUGUAUUAAGCGGACCUCUAUAAGCGGUCACCAAUUAAAGUCCUGGAAAUAGCUUCCCUUAAUUAUUGUAAAAAAUGACCUGCAUUUAGCAGUUACCUCUAUUAAGCAGCCGUGGUCACCUGUUUUCGAGGUCCCAAUCAGUAAUUCUUUAUUGUCUUUACCUCUAUUAAACUGUCCUAGAGCUAGGAAAAGUAGUGGAGAGUAAUGGGUAUAAAGCGGCGGGCCAUAAAUUAAGGGGCAAAACAAGGAUCGUGGUUAAUUUUAAUCCUGAAAGAUUACAACUAAACCACAUUUUGGUACCUUAUGGGUCAAAAAAGAUGAUGAGGGAAAGGAUAGAUCUGUUUGUUUUUUCUUUGGUCCGUACAUUAAGUUGAGGACCGAAAAUUUACCAAUCCAGAAAAAAAAAAAGAAAAUAUAAGUAUGAGCGGUCUUGACAAAUGAUUUUGAGCAGAACAUAUUGAACUCAUUGUGCUGUAACUGAGGGCAUAACCGUUUAUCCUGUAGCAAGUAAGAUCUCGGUGAAAUGGGGUUUGAAAAGUUGUGCUUAGUUGUUAUUUUACAGAAACGACUGCCACUAUAGACAAUGUAACUUGAAUUAUAUCAUUAUCUUUCCUUACCGUUUCAGUUUCCUAUUCUACCUGAAUCUACAAUGAAGGUGACCAAGGAUACAGUUACAAUUACUGGGCUGGAUUUAACAGGAGACACUGUUCAACUAAAAGAUGCUGAUCCAAAUGAGCUUCAGCUUUUUAUUGACAAGAUGCCCGCCACUAUCAAAGGUAAGAGUGUGAAAUAUGGUUUUUGAUAAAAAGAGGAAUAGGAUUAAACUUACUCUAUGUACGUAAGUUUAGAAACAGGUAGCUCAAGCUUAUGACGACAGUAGUUAGUUUGGUUUUUUGAAUUUAGAAGCAUAUUGUUAAACCCGUACAUAUGUAUGAAUAGCUGGGCUUAAAUAUUUAACAUUGAUGAGUGAAAUAUCCAGACUAAAGUUUAUAAACAUUAACGCUUAUGAAUUUGGUCAACCGGCAAUCCUCGCGUCAAAACGCGCUGUCAACAGUGUCAAGAAGGGCAGACUACAAGAACAACAUUUAUCUACUUAAAAAGAGCAUGAUAUCGGGCUGGCCCCAAUUCUAGUCAUUUGGAGUCAACAAAUCAGAUCAUAUUUAAGACUAGAUGAAAGCUUAGGGUCAAACAUUAGUUACACUUUCUCAAAGCCCGUUUCCAUUUUUCUUUCUUUUUUCUUUUUUUUUAAGACUAUUCUCUGUGGGUAAUUCAUCAACCAGUGCUAGAUGAAUCUGGGAAGAGCUACAUGAUUGUAUUUUUUUACCCCUUAAUUCAUUUCGUUGUUUCUAAAGACGUAUCUCACGUUGGCCCAGAAUGUUGAAACACUCAAUAGCGCUAACCUAUCCAUCUCAAAAUUAAACAAGACUUACUUGUAACUUGCAGUUUGAUUGAGAUUCUACCGAGUUAUAAAGUACUGGGAGCCGAUAAAAGUAAAAAGGAAACAUCUCUUGACAAAGAGUACUAGCCUGCACAAGGCUUCAAACUAGAUUAACUAAAAGAAAUAUACAUGUAGAAUACUCAAUUGAAAGUACGCGCGUACGUUUGACAUAUCAGAGAGAUGCAAAAACAAAUUCGUGCUUAAAUACCGCACAAAGCACUUUCCAUGUGGUUUUGUGUUUCGUAUACAUGUUCAGUAUACAUACCGAGAGAUCAUUCUGUCAGCCUUUUAUUUUAACGAUUUCCAGAGUGCUAAAGUGAUAAACUUGCUGCUACACGUUGUGAAAUGACUUGAAAGGAAACGACGUCUCUGUGCGUGACGUCGUCGUUUAAAACCUAUAAGUAUUAAAAUUAGAACGAUGGUAAGGAUAUGAGGUACAGGCGCUGAUCUAGGAUAACUACUGACCGUUUUUGUAACAGCGAAAGCCGAAAGCGCCAUGUUCUAGAGGGCCGGGGGCAUUCUCCCCCUCUGGAAUUUUUCGGAUUUUAACUUCCUAAACACCCUUUUCCUUGGUUUCUGAGUCAUUCAGACAGGAUAUUGGCCAGUUGAGGAUGAAUCCUUGCAAAUCGGCGGAUUACUUCAUCAAGGUCAAUUUUCGUAUUGUAGUGGGUAUGAAGCAAGGCGAGUCCAAACCAUUUUCAAGAUUAACUUGGAAAUUUUUAUAUUAUUAAAAAUGUAUUUAUUAUAAAAAAGUUGACCGAUUCCCGUAAGUCGAUCUGUAGAAACUGGUGUGGAUCCGCGCCUGAGGUAAUACAGGAUUAUACUAUUAGUUUACCGUUUUGCUUUAAAGAGUUGCCUGCGGAAAAUAAAUGAGUUUGAGCAAGAAGUGGCCGGUUUGAAUUAGCAUAAUAGAAAAAUAGCUCCUAUAUGGUCUCAACAAAUUUCCUUUUUGAAUGACUACGAAGCAACUCGCCAAGCAAGGAUGCUGCAAGCACCUAUAACAGGUCGGAAAAUAAGCGCGAAACUCACGAACCGCUGUCGAGGAGAGAGUAGCAAUACUCUUAGGCAUGUUUCAAGCUAAAGAAAACUGGAUAAGUUCCGCCCGUUUAAGAAGUAACCACUUAAUAAAUGUAAUAAAUAUCAACCACUAAUGCAAUACUAACCAUUAAUGUAAUAAAUAUCAACCACUAAUGUAAUAAAAACGUUAACUAAUAAUAAUAAUAAUAAUCAUAAUCAUAGUAAUAAUAAUGGGUCUUUAUUUCACACAAGAUAAAGAUACAUAUCCGAUGUUACAACUGUUUAUAAAUAAAACAUAGAAAAAUACAUAAUGAAAUGAAUAAUAUAAUCAUAGAAUCCUAACUACCCUGUACUAAGGUUGAGUUUAAAUAUUAAUCUAUUUACAAAGGCAGACAUGAGAUUAUAAGAACAGACUUUCUUUGAAGGAAUAUAUGAAGCUAGCGGGUGAUUGUUUAUAGAAGUUACUUUCUUAAAAAUUUUACGGUCUUGAUUCUAUUAAUUAACAGAUCCUCUUUUAAAACGGGGUAAGAAAUAAAACGGCGUUUAUGACGUCUAUCUAAAAAGUUCCGUAUAAUAUUAAGAUCAGGUUCAGAAGCUCCAUAUACGGGUCAACCGCCAUAUAUAAAAAAAUUUAGGCGAAACUAAGACAGUAAACAAGUGAUCUUUUUCAGCUUGUGAAUAUUCCUCUUUUCUAAGGGUCCUUGAAACAUGGAGACAUUUGUUUGCUUUAAUUAAUUUGAGAUUAACGUGCGCCCGAAACAGGCUUACAAUCACUCUGGAUCGUAACCCCCAGUAAAACAAGACUACUGCAUUGAGAAAUGUCAUAUACGGGGUUAUAUUGAGAAUUGUUGCCUUUACUUCUGAAGAUAAGUUCUUUACAUUUUUUUGGAUUGCAAGAGAUGUUGUUCUCUUUAGACCAUGUCAUAAAUUGUCCCACAAGGUUAGCAGACGGACCACAUUGAUUACUAACAGGAGGCACUAUUGUAGACUCACCAGCAUUUUAAAGUAGAGCAGGAGCAUUGUUAAAAGAAAUUUCUAGGUCAUCCAAAAAUAUAUUAAAUAGAUAAGGCCCGCUUACGCUCCUUGGGUGGUCCCCUUGUGAACGACCUUCCAGUUGCAGAGGUGAUUAUUAUAGAAAAUUUGCUCUUGCCAAGCAAUCAAGAAGCUAUGGUACCAAUUAACGAUGUAAGGAUUGAGGGAAGCUGCUUAAGUUUAGCUGAUAACUUGCUAUGAUUUACCGAAUCAAACGCUUUGCUAAAAUCUAUUGUAAACAAACGAACUGCAUUACAGUCUCUGUUGUCUAGGUGUCUAUAUACGUGGUGUUGGAUAGAUAUUAAGGCGUUUGCGCAGUCACCCCCUUGCUGCCUGUAUGCAAAUUGGCUGGGGCUAAGGUUCUUUUCUACAAUCGCUUUGACAUGGGUGUGGUACACAACUUUUUCGAAUGUUCUUGCGAUCACGGACGUGACGUGAUGCCUCGGUAGUCAGAGUCCUCUUUGGGGAUGUCGAACUUUGGUAAGGGGGUUAAUGUUCGCCCUCUUCCAAGAGUCCGGUCAGGUGUGAGUUGAGAGUGACGAAUUCCAGACUGGAGUUAUAUCCGGCGUUUCUAGUUCGGCAUAAUUCGGCAUAAUAAAAAACUUAACCUCUAACGUAAUAACUUUGCGACCAUUAAUGAAACAAACUCAGACAGAACACCUGAUUGGCUAUUUAGAAUUAUUAAGAUUUAUAAAAAAUCACAAGACCUCCUGCUUUGAUGUCAGGCAUUGCUGUUUCAACGAAAUAAGCCGUUUAGAACUUGUUCUAUACCCGAAGAUUUGAUUGCCAGUGGCACAGUGGCUCAAAAAUGCAGCUAAACGUUAAGUCUUGUGGGGAAGUAUUAAGAACCAGUCUGAAAGUGACAAUGUUGAGUGAACUUGUAAACAGGGGAGACUCCCUACAGUUCGCUACAUAGCAGGGCUCUGCCAAAAAGGGGCACUAAACAUGUUUUUUACACUGAAGUCGUAUGCAUGAGAAAAAAUGCCGGUAGAGUAAGAAAGUAAGGGGUUUACUUUUUCAAAGAAAUUAUGGUGUUGUGUCAGUUGGGGGGAAUGAUUUAAAAAUUAAGGAUUUUGAACUCAGGGCAAAACCUCCUCAGGGACCUCAAGCACAGGCAUUAACGGUCUCAGAUUCGCCAGUUUGUCAUGCAUUUACACGCCAUCGGAUUUACAACCCCGAUACAAACACGACAAAGUCUUCCUCAAGUAGUACACCAUCCAAAGCAGUAAACAUGUUAAACAUGGAUGCCUGCGAGAAUAACUGCCACUGAGCAGCUUGGCCGAGCCUUAACUUUGACCUGUAGAAGCACAUAUGCAACAGUCAACACAGGUAGCCCAAGUUCGAAAUAUGAGUAUCGGCGAACAUCGGCCAUGUUACGUAACAUUCGAAAUAUAAGGAUUUGUAGGGGAAAAAACCUAUCGUUUCCGUCCUACGAAAAAAUAUAAAACAAAUAAAAAACAGCAUACCUUGCAUAAAGUGUCUGUUACGACUCUCUUGUGAGGUCUAUGGGCCGAUUUAUGGCCGUUUUAUGGGUUGUACUGUAAAAGGUUUUCUCUCUAUGUAAAGGUUUACGAAGGUUGGGGACUCCAGCGAAGCGGCCCGACGGAUCCACCGAAGGAAAACGGCCGUAAAUUCGCUCCAACGGCUCCAGUCGCCUCCAAAUUCCGCCUAGGUAACACACGAUAGUUUUGCGUUCCAUUCGUGAUUUUGCUUUAAGACGCCUUUCCACCCAGAGCGAAUCAAAGGUCGCCAAUCUAUGCAACCUUUCUCGUCUGAAGCCAUCGACAGAACCUUGGUUUGAACUCCGCGUUACCGUUGAAAGAUAGCGACACGGCCUGAGACUCAAAUUACUCACACUCGGGGUGGGAGACAGUCUCUUGCUCCCGUUGACAUCAAUACCCCAGAAAGAAAACAACAAUUUACCUUCAAUCUCGGAAUUAUAUCCUCAUAAAAACUCCGCUCACUCGGGUUUUCUUCUAAGCUCCCAGCCGCAAACAAAACAGUGAGGAAUUUCUCUAGGGCAAAUUUGUCAAAUUUGUCGCUCGAUCAUUUGACUUUUCUUCAAAACGACAACUGAGUAUUUUCUUCAACUUCCACUUUUCAUUUGUACAUUUUAUCGGUGCAUGUUAAACCGCACAGAAGAGCAGAUUUGCUUAAUAUUUGCCUCAAUUUUGCCGCGCUAGCUUUUCUUUGCGUGCACCAACGGGCAAAUGGUAGAUGGCUAACUGACCAAUCAGAGCUCGCGGUUUACUUUUGUUAUGUUAUAAAUAAACCUUGUAUGCCGUAGUUUUUGUUUAUUUUUAGGUAUGCCUUCUGCCUUAAAUACUUGAAUUUUAGAUUUCUCUUUUUUCUUUUUUCUGCUACCAAGACAUACUCUUCUCCUCUCCUGGGCGACUUUGAGUGAUUAAUUUCCUUUUCUCAAACCCUUACAGAAAAUAUGCAAGAUCUACGUGGAGCAAGCGUACAAACGCGAACACCAAGGCCAUCAAGAGAAGUACGGCAGCACGAACGAGAUUUAGAGAGGCAGCUCAGAGAAAUGCGGCAACGCGAAGAAAAUUUGCAAAGACAGUUGAGGGAGUUACAGCAAAACUCGCAAAGACAGCAGCAACGCGAAGGAAACCUUCAAAUGCAGCUGAGGGAGACACAGCAACGUGAAGAAAACUCACAAAGGCAGCUGAGAGAGAUGCAGCAACGCGAAGGAAACCUUGAAAGGCAGUUGAGGGAGACACAGCAACGUGAAGAAAACUCACAAAGGCAGCUGAGGGAGACACAGCAACGGGAAGAAAACUCACAAAGGCAGCUGAGGGAGACACAGCAACGGGAAGAAAACUCACAAAGGCAGCUGAGAGAGAGGCAGCAACGGGAAGGAAACCUGGAAAGGCAGUUGAGGGAGACACAACAACGUGAAGAAAACUUAGAAAGUCAGCUUAGGGAGAUGCGCCAGCGAUUUGAAAACUCCCAACAACAGGUGUUCACCUUGGAAAGACAGCUUAGAGACAAAGACCAGGAAGUAAAUGAGCUUGUGUUAAGUCUUUCGUUAGCCCAGCAAACAAUAAGUGAACAGCAACAACAGGAAUCAUGCGAUUGGGUCAUUUCCCGCGAUGAAAUUCAAAUGACCAAUAAAUGCCUUGGCAGGGGAGGCUGGGGAAGUGUUUAUGAAGGCGUGUAUUGUGGCUGCACUGUAGCAGUAAAGCAAAUUCAUGAUCUAAUUCUUUCCCCUCAUAAUAUUCGUCUUUUUGAGAGAGAAAUGAAUAUUGGAUCCAAAUGCCGCCAUCCUCACUUGCUUCAGUUUAUCGGCGCCACUAAUGAUGAGGGAAACCCUCUGUUUGUGACGGAGCUGAUGGAAAAAAGUUUGCGAGCUCUGUUAGAACAGCGGCAACUCUCCGAGAUAGAAAUACGUGUCAUUCUUCUGGAUGUAGCCCGAGCAAUCAACUACCUUCAUCAGAAGAAACCAGAGCCUAUCAUUCACCGGGAUGUGAGCAGUGCUAAUGUGUUGCUAUGGCGACAAGGUGACCAAUGGAGAGGCAAAGUGUCAGACUAUGGCACUGCUAAUUUCAUGCAGCAGACCAUGACAGUGGCUCCUGGAGCUAUGAUUUACUGCGCACCUGAGGCACUUACAUCGAACCAAACGGUCAAGGUGAGUUUUCUUGAAUUUAGGGCUUUUCUGAUUCAACACUGUUUCAUCAACACGUUUUAGAUUUAGAAGAAACGCGUUGGUGCAUUGAUCUUGAGCGCUGGUUGGUCGUUUACUCACAGAAAAGAAACUGUACUACACUUUGUCCUUCUUCACCUUGGUGUAAAAUUGAAAGCAGCAAAUUGAUGCUGAUCUGUUUAGCUUUGUGUGAGCCAGACUAACAUUCUGUGCUCAUUCUCUUACUGCUUAAUUCCCGGCCAAACAGUGGUAACGGUGAUAGUUUUUACCUUCACCGUUUGACCUCAAACAUUUAUGGGUAAUCUCGACUACUGAUCGUUUUCCAGGAGUUUACACUGUACACAACGAAAGCAAGCUGUAGACGUGUGGUUUUCUCAUUAAAUGUUUUAAAAUUAAUUUUAUCCAUUUAAAGAUUUUUUAAUCUGACCGAAUACAUAGAGAUUAUCGUUAAAAAUUCAGGUCUAAUUACGCACACAGGAAUGCAGAUUUGAAUUUGAUACUGGUUGCGUAGUUACAAAAAGAGGGAAUGAUCUAAAAUGACCUAAAAAUGUGCUACAACGGUAUCUAAAAUAAAUAUUAAAAGAUGUCUCAAAUAACCUUAAAUUAUUAAACUAAUAUAGGCAAUAGGAAUGUAAUUUCGUUGACCGCGCAUGUGGUUUCGAAAGAGUUCUUCUGUUAAAAUAUGUUUGUAACAUGUUUCCUGAAGAAUGCAACAACGUUACGUUGACACACAACACAAUGGAUUAGCAUGACACGUAAGCCUCCCACUCACGCGGCGCGGAGAUGAUGGCGCGCUAAAAAGCCAGUUUGCCUAACAAAUCAGUUGCCAUUAGAUCUCACAUCGCACUUGUUCUACAUCAAUCAAAACUCCAAAUGAUCAGGUCCAAUUGUAACAGCUUACAUAUUCAUUCCGAAAUUUUAUUUAGUCUGAUCUCAGGUGUAAUACAGUCGACAGGUAAACUCAAGAUUUUUGCGCCAUCAGCUCUACUCCAAUCAAAGCUGCGUUGCUGGGCGAAUUUUUUUUCCUCGUGUCAUUAUCUCCGCACCGCGUGACAAGAAGACUUACGUGACACACUAACCCUGCUCUUUGUCAACGUAAAGUUUAUAUUGAGUUGUUUAUUAGGAAACAUUCAGCGCUAUAACUAAGAAGUAGGUGAGACCGAGAACUGUCCACAACUGAUGGGCCUGAACUUUAGGGAAGUUUCAAUUGUUUCGAAACCACUUGCGAGGUCAGCAAAAAACAAAAUAAUAAUAUUAAAAAUAAAAAAUAUGUGUAUCGUUCAUAGGUUGAUGUUUAUAGCUUUGGUGUUCUUCUUUGUGAAAUGUGCGUCCGAGAACUUCCAGAUCCUAGAAGGCGUGAACAGCAAGUUCUGCUCAUGACGAACCAUGUGUUGAGAGGCCUGGUGCGGCGAUGCCUGCAGACAGAUCCUGAAGCGAGACCAACCAUGCAAAGGAUAAUCGAUGAACUGUCAAGAUCUGUGUAA